CGCGUGCGCACUGGCGCUCCAUUCCCUCCCAUUCAUAAAAAAGCCAUUUUCCCAGGCAGUGGGUUGCAACAUCGCCGCGGAGGCUGCGAGACGCUGACAGCGCGGAGCUGGCGCUGCGGAGCGCAGGGAGCCGUGCCGGUUUCUCCGGCCGGCGGCGGCCGGGACAGCUGCGGCUGCCCUGCUCGGGGUCGGAGAUUUACCGAGACGGGGAGCAAUGCUUCUGACUCUGCGGCUCGUCCGAGGCCCCUAGAAGCGUGUCUCUUGGUGCCAUCCCGGACCUCCAGCCCCAUGGAGCCCCCGAUCCCACAGAACGCGCCACUGGCGCCCGCGUCUGUCCUGGUGCAGCCCCUCCUCGACAGCCGGAUGCCCCACAGCCGGCUCCAGCACCCGCUCACCAUCCUGCCCAUCGACCAGAUGAAGACCAGCCACGUGGAGAAUGACUACAUCGACAACCCUGGCCUGGCGCCCCCCGCAGGCCCCAAGCGGACCCGGGGCGGGGCCCCCGAGCUGGCGCCGACGCCUGCCCGCUGCGACCAGGACGUGACGCACCAUUGGAUCUCUUUCAGCGGCCGCCCCAGCUCCGUGAGCAGCAGCAGCAGCACCUCCUCGGACCAGCGGCUCCUGGACCACAUGGCGCCGCCCCCCGUGGCCGACCCGGCGUCCCCCAGGGCCGUGCGCCUCCAGCCCAAGGCCGCGCAUUGCAAGCCGCUGGACCUCAAGGGGCCCCCCGCCCUGCCCCCGGAGCUGGACAAGCACUUCUUGCUGUGCGAGGCCUGCGGGAAGUGUAAGUGCAAGGAGUGCGCGUCUCCGCGGACGUUGCCCUCCUGCUGGGUCUGCAACCAGGAGUGCCUGUGCUCGGCGCAGACCCUGGUCAACUACGGCACGUGCAUGUGCCUGGUGCAGGGCGUCUUCUACCACUGCACCAACGAGGACGAUGAGGGCUCCUGCGCCGACCACCCCUGCUCCUGCUCCCACUCAAACUGCUGCGCCCGCUGGUCCUUCAUGGGCGCCCUGUCCCUCGUCCUGCCCUGUCUGCUCUGCUACCUGCCCGCCACGGGCUGCGUGAAGCUGGCCCAGCGCAGCUACGACCGCCUGCGCCGCCCGGGCUGCCGCUGCAAACACACGAACAGCGUCAUCUGCAAGGCGGCCGGCGCCGACCCCAAGGCCGCCAGACCCGACAAGCCUUUCUGACACUUGGGGUGAGCCGAGCCCCCUCGCGCUCCCCCAGGGCGCGCGCUUCCCUUCUGACGCCCGGAGAAGACCCACUGCCAGGACAGAGCGAUGAAACGGACCCCGUGGCCCCUC